GGUCUGAGCGGGGUGGCGGGAUAGCGCAGUCGCGCUCCUGCGUCUGAGGCAGCGCGUGGCGGAGGCAACAUGGCGGACGGGACAGGUUCUGUUUCUAAGAAACACAAGAAGAAAAAGAAGUCUUUGCCCGAUGAAGAUGUUGCUGAUAUACAACAUACAGAAGAAUUCCUUAUCAAGCCUGAAUCAAGAGUGGCGCAGCUGGACACAUCACAAUGGCCUUUGCUUCUCAAGAAUUUUGACAAGUUAAAUGUGAGGACUGCACACUACACCCCACUUCCUUCUGGCUGCAAUCCCUUAAAAAGAGAGAUUUCUGAGUAUGUAAGGACGGGCUUCAUCAACCUGGAUAAGCCUUCCAACCCAUCUUCCCAUGAGGUUGUGGCCUGGGUCCGCCGCAUUCUCCGUGUUGAGAAGACAGGGCAUAGUGGCACAUUGGACCCGAAAGUUACUGGGUGCCUGAUUGUAUGCAUUGAGCGAGCAACCCGUUUGGUCAAGUCUCAACAAAGUGCCGGCAAAGAGUAUGUGGGAAUCGUUCGGCUGCACAAUGCAAUUGAGAGUGAGGUUCAACUUUCAAGGGCAAUAGAAACGUUGACGGGUGCCCUGUUUCAGAGACCUCCCCUCAUUGCUGCAGUGAAGAGGCAGCUGAGAGUCCGAACCAUCUAUGAAAGCAAACUGGUUGAAUAUGAUCCCGAAAGGAGACUGGGUAUCUUCUGGGUGAGCUGCGAAGCUGGAACCUACAUCCGGACACUUUGCGUGCAUCUGGGCUUGUUGCUGGGGGUCGGCGGUCAAAUGCAAGAGCUCCGACGAGUGCGCUCUGGGGUCAUGGGAGAGAAGGACCACAUGGUGACCAUGCACGAUGUGCUGGAUGCUCAGUGGCAGUAUGACAACAAUAAGGAUGAAAGUUACCUCCGGAGGGUGAUCUUCCCUUUGGAGAAGUUGCUGGUAUCACACAAGCGGCUCGUAAUGAAAGACAGUGCGGUGAACGCAAUCUGCUAUGGUGCGAAGAUCAUGCUUCCUGGAUUACUGCGGUAUGAAGAUGGGAUUGAAGUCAAUCAGGAAAUAGUUGUGAUCACCACAAAAGGAGAGGCCAUCUGCAUAGCUAUUGCUUUGAUGACAACCGCGGUGAUCUCUACCUGUGACCAUGGAGUUGUGGCAAAGAUCAAGCGUGUGAUCAUGGAAAGAGACACCUAUCCUCGCAAGUGGGGGCUUGGUCCCAAAGCUUCUCAGAAGAAGAUGAUGAUCAAGCAAGGAUUAUUGGACGCUCAUGGCAAACCUAAUGAGAAAACUCCACAAGCUUGGAAAAAAGACUAUGUGGAUUACAACAGGGUUUCUGUAAAGAAGGAGGCAGAAGAGAAGAAGGAGAAAAAAGAGAUUCCAGAACAGCCAGAGAGGAUGCCCAAGAAGAAAAGAAAAAUUGAGAGUGAUGGUGAUCGUGAAGCAGUAGCUUCAUCUCCCCCAGCCUCUCCAGAGGAGCAAGCAGAGAUGAAGAAGAAAAAGAAGAAGAAAGAAAAAAGGAAGAUGGCGUCUGCCGAGAGCAGCGGAGACUUAAUUGAAAUGGUCAGCGACCCGAGCGUGAAAAAGAAGAAGAAGAAGAAGAAACGAGAAGAAACAGAGGAGAGUUCAGAGUAACUCCUUGCUUCCACCCAGAGCCAGCAGCCUGGACCAGUUUGGGAAGGAAAAAUACAAUGGCCUACAGACUGGAUCAGUGUGUAAAGAUUUGUCCUGAUUGCUGUGCAAAUUAUUGGGGCCAGUGCGGCACGCCCCCUCUGUCCUGUUCUAAGGAUAGUUUGAGGUAGUUGAGGCAGCAGACUCCCUGGCCAGGCCCUGGCGACUUGCAGAAGAACUGAGAACCCUGUCUGGGAGAUGCAAUGCCAUGCUCAGGCUUGGCACUGUUAGCAACCCAUUUUUUCACUUGCCAGCCUGAAGAGUUGCAGAAUGUUGGUGAAGAUUAAGAAGAGAAAGCAGUUAAGCCACAUGUUGUCAGAUGCUUCGUUUUACAAUGUUUUUGUAGCCUUUUCUCAUUUUUUUUUUACUUGCCUUGAUUCCCUAAGAACAAGUCCAGACAUUUCCCACUCAGGGUGCUAAAGCUUUUGCUGCUUUUGUUAGUUCAAGAGGGAACAUGAAAACGUGUGUCGACAAAGGGGGGCCAUCCACCAUCUGUCCUAGCCCAAGAACAGAAUUCAGAGGCGUUUUCUCUUUUUUCACCCGUCCUAAGCAGUCUCUGGAAGAAGGUUGGAAAUCAGUCUCUGUGGUCGCGAUUGUAGCAGACAAUCACCAUUUUCAGCAGGAUGAUCUAGUCCAGUCUUGUCCUGUUCUCUUCCCUUUCUAGGCAGAGUACCGAUGCUACUUUUAAAAGGCUUUUUUUAUUAAAAGAUUACAGACCUUA